GAUAGAAUGAGGUGAAUUUAAUCGAUCUAGGAUUCCUGACGAAAAAUAAUGCCUUCGAGCGGAUCAGCUAAAGUGCCCAGAGUAGACAGGUCCACGAGUCCUCUGCCGCGCAAACCCGCGAAUCCUGUCCAGGAAUUGAAAGCUCUGUUCGCCGAAUCGCCCUCGAGAGUCACCAAUGGCGGCAAAGAACCGGAUUUCCGCUUCGAGGCGAUACAGUGCUUGCAAACUACCGUUUUCAAAGAGCCCAAAGCGUUGCCGGAUAGAGGAACAUGGAGCAGCAAGGUCGAAUUCAUCCUAUCGGUAGUUGGAUUGGCAAUAGGACUAGGAAAUUUAUGGCGAUUUCCUUACCUCUGCUAUAAAAAUGGCGGCGGUGCGUUCAUGGUUCCUUACUUCAUCGCGCUUGCACUUGCUGGGGUACCUAUGUUCUUAAUGGAAUUGUCUCUGGGUCAGAUGAUGACCAUCGGUGGAUUGGGUGUCUUCAAGAUAGCUCCAAUUUUCAAAGGUAUCGGGUAUGCCACUUGCGUGCUCUCCUGUUGGACGAAUGUGUACUACAUCAUUAUCCUGGCGUGGGCACUAUUCUAUUUUUUAGUGUCGUUACGAAUCGAAUUACCCUGGAGAACGUGCAACAAUGCCUGGAACACGCGGUACUGCCUCACCCCCGUGGAACGUGUGGAAGCGUUGUGUUGGCCCGAAAACAACGACACCAUAUGCGCUACUUCGAUCGGUAACUUCAGUCAGACCUUGAUGAAGGAUCCGGUGAAAGAAUUUUGGGAGCGACGCACCCUUCAGAUCUCCGAUGGUGUAGAAAAUGUUGGCUCUAUAAGAUGGGAACUGGCGGGUACACUGGCCGUUGUUUGGAUCAUGUGUUACUUUUGCAUUUGGAAAGGAGUGAAAUGGACCGGAAAAGUCGUUUAUUUUACAUCAUUGUUUCCCUACGCUUUGCUGGCGGUCCUGUUAGUGAGAGGAUUAACGCUUCCGGGUGCAAUGGAAGGUUUAAGGUAUUAUGCAACGCCGAACCUUUCGAAACUUAGCGACCCAGAGGUCUGGAUAGACGCAGUGACGCAAAUAUUUUUCUCUUACGCGUUGGGUCUUGGCGCAUUGGUUGCUCUUGGGAGUUACAACAAAUUUAAUAAUAAUGUUUACAAAGACGCGCUUAUUGUUUGUACAGUGAAUUCUUGUACCAGUAUGCUCAGUGGUGUUGUCAUAUUUUCUGUAGUAGGUUUCAUGGCCCAUGAACAACAAAAACCCGUUGCAGAUGUAGCUGCAUCCGGUCCAGGACUAGCUUUUCUGGUUUAUCCAUCAGCAGUUCUGGAGCUACCCGGAUCUUCCAUCUGGUCCUGUUUAUUCUUUUUCAUGCUUAUACUUAUCGGUUUAGACAGCCAGUUUUGUACAGUUGAAGGCUUCAUAACAGCCGCGGUAGACGAAUGGCCGCAUCUUCUUCGAAAACGGAAAGAAGUGUUCAUAGCAAUCGUGUGCUUUCUCUCAUAUCUUGUUGGUCUUAGCUGUGUUACUGAAGGAGGAAUGUAUGUAUUUCAACUCUUGGAUUCAUACGCAGUGAGUGGAUUCUGUCUUCUCUUUUUAAUGUUUUUCGAGUGCAUCGCUAUCUCUUGGGCGUUCGGCGUAAAUCGUUUUUAUGAUGGUAUUCGAGACAUGAUUGGUUAUUAUCCUUGUGGUUGGUGGAAAAUCUGUUGGACAUUCACUACUCCUCUCAUUUGUGUGGGUGUCUUCACGUUCAAUAUAAUUAAGUUUUCCCCUGUAAAAUACCUUACGUAUGAAUAUCCAUGGUGGAGUCACUUGUUAGGAUGGCUUUGUGGUCUUUCAUCAAUGCUGUGUAUCCCAGGUUAUAUGAUUUACAUUUGGUGUAAAACGCCAGGAACUACCUCUGAGAAAUUUCGCAAAUUGGUAAGAAUCGACGACGAUGUUGCCACCUUACGAAUGAAACUGAAUCCAACAAAUACUGCCACUAUGAAUGCAGAUCUAGAACUAUAA